AUGUUGCCCCAGCUGGAGACCGAUUUCGACAUGGAAACGUCCUUCGGUUACGCCACGGACUGCCCUUCGCUGUCUUCGAGUUUUCUGUCCUCCGAUCAGUCCUCAGCUGGCUUUCAAGGUCCUCGUCGGGCCUCACUGGCAUCAUCCAGCAGUUCAAUGUCUCCGGAGGUCUUCUUCACCCCUUCAGCAAGGACUUCCAGUCCCACAACACCAAUGAUGUUUGAUCCAGGUCUGCACACUUCGUACCAGCAAUAUAUGAAGCCUGCUACCUACUUCCACAUGUCUCGCCCCAUAUUCCACUUGCAAGAUGAAGAACAUGAUCGUCAAAAUGAUAUGUGGAUGAGCAACGUAACUUCUGGAUACAGCCUUCCGCUGCUCACCGAGAUGCCCGAGACAUUGAUGGCGAUGCCGCAUCACUCCUUCAGUCAUGUGGGAACUGUUGGUCUCAGUGAAGCAGCCACAAACCCAGCAUUGACGGAUUCGAUCUUCAGUUCCCCGGACCAUAAGCCAAUACAAGCCACGGAGCAUGACCUGCUAACAUGGGGCUCAACGCACCUGCAGCCACCCGCGGAGACAGUCGAGCCUAGGGUCACCUUCCGCCCUGCUCUGCCGAGCUCACCAGCGUGCAAGUUCGAACCUUCCACCCCGCUCAAUGCCCAUAUCGCUUCGUCAGCUAGCGCUAUGACUAGCAGCCCGUUGUCAUUUGUCUCACCUAUGGUGGUGCCCUCACAGCGUGAUGCUGAUGAGCCCUCAUACGGCUCUUUCGAGCCAUCGCUGAGACUCUGUGAGGCGAGAAAGAAUCGAACCAAUCCCGACCGGCUGCACCGGCGGAGUUAUGAACGCAAACGUCUGUCAGGAGCGUCAUCAAAGCCCAAGCCAGCAACGAACAAGUCCGGCAUUAACUGUGAGCUGGUGAUCACCAAGAACGAGUUUGCCUGCGGCUAUCCAGGGUGUAUCGACAAAAGCACCGGCGAGGCGAAGCGGUUCAAGAGACAAGAACAUAAAAAGCGUCACGAGAAGACAGUCCAUGAGAAGGAGAAGCAUUCGGCGUACAGAUGUUGGGUCCCCGAGUGUAACAGGCCGUUCUCCAGAACGGACAACCUCAAAAGUCAUCUGAGAAAUACUCAUUCCAAGCGACCAGGAGUCCGCGGAAACCGAUACGUUGCCACUCUUGACAAGUCCAGCGAGUACUAUGAUCCAGAGUGGGUGGGUGAGUUGGACAAGGAGGGUUUCCCGGUGCUGUGA